GUGGCCGAUUCCCUCCAGUUAAUUAAAUCUCUCUCUCUCUCUCUCUCUCGGACUGCGACUUUCCAGUAAAACCGUAGAGGCCCAAAUCCCAGCUGUUGCUAGCUGUUUCUAAUCCACUCCCCAUGUGCCCUACCAUCUCCCCCUCCACCUCCGAUACCUCUGGGCCUUAAAAACUUAGCCAUCUAACCUCAUACUGUGCUUGCUUCUCUAGCUAGAUACUAUUUUACACUCCUAUAACAAUCCCCUUCCCAUCACUUGCUGGACGGAGUGUUUAUAGGAGGAGGACAUUAUCCCCAAGAUCUUGUCAUUACAUUUCGGGAUUGGUUAGUUGUGUUCGUGUUGUUGUUAUUACAUAGGAGGUUUGAUAUACAAGGAAGAUUAAGAUUAUGGCUCAAUUGCCACCCAAAAUUCCUGCUGUCACCCAAAAUUGGCCUUCCUUUUCUCACCAAACAAUGUCCAAUUAUUUCUCAAACGCUGCCGCCAGUACCAUGGAGAACCAUCAACCCUGUUGGGUUGAUGAGUUCUUGGACUUCACGUCCACCAGGCGCGGGUCCCACCGCCGGUCUAUUAGCGACUGCAUCACUUUCAUCGAGACGACCAACAUGCCCUCCUUGGUGGAAGAUCAAUGCCAUGACAACAACAACAGCAGCAGCUGCAAUAAUAACCAUUCCUCUUCCAAUGCCUUGAUUUCCGCUAAUCCUGGGUUCGACAAGUUGGAUGAUGACCAGCUCAUGUCCAUGUUUUCCCAUGACAUGUCCUUGUCUUUGCCACCAUCCUCCUCCAACCCCUCCACCCCGUCCGACCAAAAUAGCAAAAACGAUGAGAAACCAUCAAUGCCAACAGAUCAACAUCACCAUCAAGAAGAAGGAAAUACCGAGCAGCAACAAGCAGCAGUGGCCAAGACCGAGCCAGGAGAGGUGGAGAGUUCAUGCAAGCAAGAACCACACCAGCCUCCUCUACCCACAUCUUCAAAUAAUGGUGAUACCAUCAAUGACCCGAAGAGGGUGAAAAGCAGAAUUUUGGCAAAUCGGCAAUCUGCACAAAGGUCAAGAGUGAGGAAAUUGCAAUACAUUUCAGAGCUUGAACGUAGCGUCACAACAUUACAGACGGAAGUAUCAGCAUUGUCGCCAAGAGUUGCAUUUUUAGACCAUCAACGGCUGAUUCUCAACGUUGAUAAUAGUGCCCUCAAGCAACGGAUUGCCGCUUUGGCUCAAGACAAGAUUUUCAAAGAUGCCCAUCAAGAGGCAUUGAAGAAGGAAAUAGAGAGACUCAGGCAGGUCUAUCACCACCAAAAUCUCAAGAAGAUGAACAGCAGCAGCCAUGCAGCAGCAGCAGCAGCAAGAGAGCAAUCGCCAAACCACGAAGCAAUUCAGUGUUCGGAAAAUUAAGCAAAGCUUUAAAGUUCUAACAUGAAUUGAUUAAAAAGUAAAAAGAAGAAAAGAAAAGAAGAAGAGGCAGUGACUAGCAACGAGAGGCUGUGGGGGCACUUCUGGUGCUAACAUGGGCUUUCACGUGAUGUGUCUCUAUAUGGUAGGACCCCUGACAAGCUUGUAUGGAUGGAACUAGUCAAGGAAACGUGGACUGCUAGUAUAGGGCGGUGACGAAUUUCUAUUUUAAUUAAUUUCAAAAGUGGGUUUUGAUUUCUCUUUAAUUUGCUCAUAUGCUUAAAAAAUGACUUGAAUUCUUUUUUUCUUUCUUUUGUGGGAUUAGAACUAGAUAUUGGGAGUGGGGUUUUGUGUUGGGAUACACGAAAAGGAAAAGUUGUCAGGGAUGAGCAGAGGUUAAUGCUUUCAUUGUAUUGUAUUGUAUUGUUUUGUUUUGUUUUGUGUCUUUUGUUUCUUUUAAUUUUUUUUGUAUGAAAAUGUAGAAAAGAUUUCGGAUCCAUUGGGAAUUCAGUUGGGAUUUUUUUCCUUUU